ACCUGUUGAAUACUUUAUCUGCAAUAAUAAAGAGGGAUAACCAUACUGCCCCAACAAUACACGUCGCGUUAUCAAGGAAAACGCUGAAUAGUUUCUGCCUACCUGCAAACAUAGUUCGACUCGGUCUCUGCUGCAAGUGACCGGAAUACCUUUCUUCUCAUGGAAACUAGAAAUUAAACUGAAAAUUUAAGUGACGAACUUUUUUCUGCAAGGAAAGCUACAUCUAUAAUUAUGCAACGGUUGGACAUGGACUCGGGAAAGCAGACUAAAACUAAUAAGCGUUUAGUUUACUUUCUAGUAUUCUUAGUGGUAGCACUUCCAAUUGUAGUUGGAGUGCUAGUGUGGCAUUUUACAAACGAAAAUUGUGACAAAGACUUACCCUCUGUAAAUGGAGAAAGUGAUGCAAACACUGGAAACAAGCAGACGACAACACCUGGUCCCAUCCAAACGACGACACCAGGGUUUUCAGAAACCGAACCUUGGAAAAAUUUGCGGUUACCAAGAUACGUGAUGCCAAUUCAUUAUGACAUUACUCUUUAUCCUGAUAUAUACAAUGGACAUGGUUGGUUCUACGGCAAUGAGUCGGUGGAAAUUCAGAUUUACAAAGACACCAAAUAUAUUUUGAUUCAUAAAAAUUACAUGAAUAUUACGAGUACUUCGUUGAGAAAGAAAAGUGACGAUAGUACUAUUGAAAUCAAGAAUACGUUCUACUACGAACAGAAUCAGUUUUGGGUUAUAGAAACACGACAGUCUCUUUUGAAUGGAAGUUCCGUGAUUUUGGAUCUCUCUUUUGAUGGUAGUUUAACGAGGGCAAUUGUUGGAUUUUACAAAAGCAAAUAUGUGAACUCGAUCACAAAGGAAACUAGAUACCUAGCAACGUCUAAAUUUGAGCCUGUUGACGCUCGGAGAGCGUUUCCCUGCUUUGACGAACCAAACAUUAAGGCCAACUUUACUGUUCACCUUGUGCACCAAGAUGGAUAUACAGCCUUAUCUAAUAUGCCAGAAGAGAAAACAGAGCCUUGGACACAUGAUUCAACAUUAAAAAUAACGUCCUUUCAAGAAUCUGUAAAAAUGAGUACCUACCUUGUUUGUUUCAUUGUCUGCGACUUCAAAUACCUCGAACGCACAACGAAAUUUGGCACAAAGGUAAGAACAUUUGCAACCCCUGACCGUUACAAUCAGACGGAGUUCUCUCUGGAAGUAGCCAUCAAAUCCAUGGAAUUGUACCAAGAUUUGUUUAACGUCUCUUACCCCCUUCCUAAACAAGAUAUGAUAGCAAUCCCUGAUUUUGUAUCUGGUGCCAUGGAGCAUUGGGGUUUGAUAACAUACAGAGAGACCAACAUUUUGUACGACCCACAAGAGGCAUCCCCUGCCAACAAACAGAGAGUGGCCGUGGUAGUAGCCCAUGAAAUAUCCCACCAGUGGUUUGGAAAUAUCGUGACGAUGGAUUGGUGGGAUGAUCUGUGGUUAAAUGAAGGCUUUGCCAGUUUUAUGGAAUAUCUAGGUGCGAAUGUGUCAGAACCCACAUGGGAAAUGAUGGAGCAGUUUGUGACUGAGGAUGUCCAGCCGGUGAUGGUGGUCGACUCCGUCACUUCCUCCCACCCUAUUGUCGUCAAUGUCAACAAUCCCAAUCAAAUUAACGAAGUGUUUGAUAGUAUCUCCUACAGCAAGGGAUCGGCCAUCAUUGGGAUGCUGGAGGCUGUGAUGGGACAAGACAAGUUCUUCUUAGGUGUUGGGAAUUACCUGAAGGCUUUCAAAUGGGGAAAUGCAAAAACAGAUGAUUUAUGGAACGAACUGAAUAAGGUUAAUACUGGAGGAUUUGGAGUGAAAGAUAUGAUGGAUACCUGGACUCGACAAAUGGGAUUCCCUUACAUCAACGUUACUAUGCAAACACAAGGCAGUAAGACUAUUGUAUCAGCAACACAGUCUCGAUUUCUGGCGGACAAGUCCACAGUUUUUAAUCCCAGUGAAUCACCAUUUGGAUACAAAUGGUAUGUAUAUUUAGAUUACAUGCUCAGUGGUGGGGGAAGUGGUCAUUUUUGGAUAAACAGAACACAAGACCAGGUAACGUUUGAUGUUGCUGCUACAUUCGACUCAUCGGGAUGGAUAAAGUUUAACAGACUACAGAAAGGCUUUUAUCGUGUGAAUUAUCCUGAAAAUAUGUGGUCUAGAUUUUCAAGUCAAUUGCAGACUGAUAAUUCGAAAUUUAGUAACGUGGAUAAAGCCGGCCUCAUAGAUGACGCUUUUAACUUAGCCCGUGCUGGGUAUAUAGAGUACAGUACUCCACUAAAUCUGAUUAAAUUCUUGGACACAGAGUUAAAUCAUCUACCCUGGGAAAGUGCCUACAGUGGCAUAAGUUAUAUCACAGAAAUGCUGCAAACAGGGGCUUCCUUUUCCUUAUUCAGGGAUUUCAUUCUCAAGAAGUCAAGACCGGUUUUAACACAGAUUGGAUGGGAUGAUACCGGGAACCAUUUACAGAAACUGAUGCGUGUAAACCUUAUAUCUUUGACAUGCGGAAUGGGAGAUAAAGACUGUCUGAACAAUGCAACAAAUAAAUUCAGAAAAUGGCUUGAUCAAGGAGAAAGCGUUACCCCGAAUAUUCGGUCCAUUGUGUAUAAAUAUGGAAUGCAAAAUGGAGGUUCUCCAGAAGACUGGGAUAAAAUGUGGAACAAAUACAAAACGGAAACUGUCCCCCAGGAACAGAUAAAACUACUGUAUGGGAUGUCUAAAACCCCCACAGUCUGGUUACUGGUCAGAUACCUUGAAUAUACGAAGAGGGAGGACAUGGUUCGAUCACAGGAUUUCUUUACUGUUGUUCAAUAUAUUGCUCAGAAUCCAGUUGGAAAUAAAUUGGUUUGGGAUUGGGUUCGCUCUAACUGGGAGUAUUUAGUAGACAGAUUUACAACAUAUUCAAGGUCUUUAGGAAGACUUGUACCAAGGGUUAUAUCUAACUUUAACACAGAAUUUGAGCUUCAGCAAGUUGAAGCCUUUUUCACAAAAUACCCGGAUGCUGGGGCGGGUGCCAGAGGUCGACAAAACGCCAUAGAGUCCAUAAAGGCUAACAUACAAUGGAAGAAGAAUAAUGAAAAGAAAAUCACGGAUUGGUUGUGUCAGAAUUUAGGUGCAAGCAAUCAAACUAUGGGUUGUUGAAACAUUAUGGUUUUUGUUUCUAUUUAAGAAAUAAUGUAUCAUUUUUAAACAUAUAUCGGGAUAUAAAUACGGGUUGGUCACGAGAUCAAAUUCCAUAAA